AUGUUACUCCUGCAAUGGCUUAACGAUUAUGUACUAAUAUCAGACUCCUGUACUGGCCUGAAUCAAUUAUGUACUCACCGGGAAUCACUGGGAAUCAAUUAUGUACUCACCGCGUAUAAAAUGUUUGAGACGAUUAAAAGAAAGCCGAAAUUUGAUGCAUAUGACAGAAGUGGUGAAAUCUUGGAGGACAUAAAGGGAGAUAUUGAACUCAAAGAUGUUUACUUCAGAUACCCUACGAGGUCGGACGUGCAUAUAUUUACUGGAUUUUCACUGUUUGUUCCAAGUGGCACAACUACUGCUUUGGUGGGUCAAAGUGGAAGUGGAAAGUCUACUGUGAUCAAUUUAUUGGAAAAAUUCUAUGAUCUUGAUGCUGGAGAAGUACUUAUAUGUGGUGUGAAUUUGAAGAACUUGCAACUUAAAUGGAUAAGGGAUCAGAUUGGGUUGGUUAGUCAAGAGCCUAUAUUGUUUACUACUACUAUCAGAGAGAACAUGGCGUAUGGGAAAGAAGGUGCAACUGAUGAGAAGAUAACAGCGGCAAUAACACUUGCUAAUGCGAAAAAGUUCAUCAACAAACUGCCUCAGGGCCUCGACACCAUGUCGAGACAAAUUUGUGAUAAUUGA